AUUUCACUCUCUCUCUCUGACUUUUCUCCCCAUUUCCAUUUCCAUUUCCAUUUCCAUUUCCUUCCCUGUUCGUGAUUCUCCUCUUAUCCUCCCCCUCUCCUCUUUUCAUUUUUUUCCCAAAUCAAGAAACUUAGGAUUGGAUGAAUCACCCUCCUUUCUCUCUCCUCCUCUCUCUCUCCUCCUCCUUCUUCUUCCUCCUUUAGCUUUUGUGUACUCUAAUUCCUUUCCAAAUAUUCCUCCUCUCCCUUUUUUAGCUUUCUCCAGCAAAUUUGUAAAGUGGGUUUGAAACUACUCCACAAAAGGAAAGGUGGGUUUGCUUUGUUUUCCUCUUCUCUCCUUUGUGUUCUUCAAAUUUUGUUUCUGAUUCAACCAAAAUAGCCCCUCUGCCUCCUUUUCUCCUUCUGGGUUUUCAGGUUUCUGGGGUUUUCUUUUGCUUUUAGAUUGGUUCUGCCCUUUUCUGCUUCUAUUUCAAGGUUUUCUUGUCUUCUUUUGUUUUUUUCUCUUACUUUUUGGGUUUAGUGGGGAGAUUUCAGUGCUUCUGCUCCUUGUUUGAUUACACUUUUGUUUCCUUCUGUGGCCUUCCCCUUCUUUUCUUGAUCUAUAAAUUCAUCUUUUCCUUUGUGGGUUUCUUGAGAUCCAUCUCUGUGUAAGGGUUUAUAGUGUUAUUUAGGGGUAAUUCCUCUAUUUUUUAGUGUAAAGGGGUUUCAAAUCGUGAGAAAAUGGUGAGAGGGAAGACCCAGAUGAGGUUAAUUGAAAACGCAACAAGCAGGCAAGUCACCUUCUCCAAGAGGCGAAAUGGGUUGAUGAAAAAAGCCUUUGAGCUCUCAGUUCUCUGUGAUGCUGAGGUUGGUCUUAUCAUCUUCUCUCCUAGAGGAAAGCUUUAUGAAUUUGCAAACUCAAGCAUGCAGGCAACUCUAGAGCGGUACAGAAAGCAUGCCAAAACCAAAGAAGCCCUCGACCCUCCAUCGGUUAAUGAUAUCCAGUUGGAGCAUCUGAAUCAUGAAGAAGCAGCCACCCUGAUGAAGAAAAUAGAGCAGCUUGAAGUUUCAAAACGGAAAAUGUUGGGAGAAGAUCUGGGUUCUUGCUCCAUUGAUGAACUUCAGCAGGUUGAACUUCAGUUGGAGAAAAGUGUUUGCAAAAUUAGAGCCAGAAAGGUUGAAGUGUUUGAAGAACAGAUUAAACAACUAAAGCACAAGGAGAAACUCUUGGAAGCUGAAAAUGCUAAGCUACUCGAAAAGUGGGAAAGUGAGGCAGAAGGGGGAGUAAAGGAAGUAGAAAGAGGGGAGAAUUUAACGAACUAUGCAGAAAGUAGCAGUCCAAGUUCAGAGGUAGAAACAGAGUUGUUCAUUGGGCCACCUGAAACAAGGCCAAGAACAUUUCUUUCCCUUAACUGAUUCAAUUUGUAGCCCUAAUAUUACUUUAUGUUUAUAACAAUAAUAAUACUCUUUUUCUCUUCAAUUUCUACUCCAUAAAACAUUACACACACAGGGAGAGAUUUUGGAAAAUGUUUGUAAAUAAUUCUCAUUUUUCAUCU